AAGGUAUAUAAUGAGAAAGGUUACAGGGGACAGCAAAACGUCAAUAUUCCAGGAAACCAUAUAAAUGUUCAACUGAGUCUCUAGCGUGAGUUGACCAUUCUAAGUGGGCUGGGACUCCAGAGGCUUUUACGUAUCGCGGAUUCACUCUUUUUCGCAAAGGCGCUAACGAUGGCUGACGGAAGUACUGAGCUCGGGGAGGAAAUGACGUCGCAUUAUGGCUUCAACAGAUUUGAAAGCGCAACUGUCGGAGCGUUGUAUAUGCUCUUUUGUGUCGUUGGAGUAACAACGAAUUUAUUGACGGCCUUGACAUUUUACAAGGACACAAAGCUGCUUAAAACUAGCAAGCCAUGGAUUCACGUCUGCCUGGCGCUGUCCAAUGUGUUGGUAGUGGCGCCAUCACCUUUUCCCGCCUCGUCCAGUUUCAGUGGCAGGUGGCUGUAUGGGAGCUCACUCUGCCAGUUCUACGCUUUUGAAGGGAUGUUCGUCGGCAUUGCAGCCAUUGGUGCCGUCAUUGCACUGUGCAUAGAACGUUACAUGGUCGCCAGCAAGCCAAACAUGAAGGAGAAUCCUGGUUGGUUCUACACAUGGUCCAUCCUGCUGGUCGUGGGAAACGCUUUCUUCUGGGCAGUGAUGCCAUUGCUGGGCUGGAGUAGGUAUACAAUAGAACAUUCCGGAACCUCUUGCGCCAUAGACUGGAAAAACCCAGACGAGAGUUACAUCUCCUAUAUGGUCAGUCUGGAGAUCUUCUCCUUUCUAUUGCCCGUGUCUCUGGCAGUCUAUUGCCUCCGCCCUACAGCAGGACAACCCCCAGAGCCAUCAACUUCCGGAGAUAGUACUAGCGAGACUUCCAAAAUGUCGGAUCAAACUAUGGCACCUUUUAACGAAAACCAACUGAAAUCGAUUUGUUACAUCUUUCUUGGACUGGUCAUCGUUGGAUGGGGUCCGUUCGCCUUUCUCUGUACGUCAACUAUGUUUGGCGGGGCCCAGGGCCUGUCUAUGCUAGCCGCCAGCCUGCCACCACUGGCCUGCAAGUGCAUGGUCUCAGCCUACCCUCUGGUGUAUGCCGUGGCCUCCCCGCGGUUCCGACACAGCUUCACGUCGGUCAUUGGCAUCUUCGACCAGAAACAAGAUUAGACCAAAUAAACAAGAUUAGACCAAAUAAACAAGAUUAGACCAAAAAAACAAGAUUAGACUAAAUAAACAAGAUUAGACCAGUCAACGAACAAGAUUAGAUCACAUAAUGAAAAAGAUAAGAUAGACGACUUAGUUAACAGUUACGACUACCGAACGAACAAGAUAACACCAUCAACGAACAAGAUUAGACCACAGAGUGGAAUAGGUUAAACAACUUAGUUAAAAAGUUAAGACUACCGAAGAACAGGAUUAGACCACUCAACGAACAAGAUUAGACCACAGAUUGAAAUAGAUAAGAUGACUUAGAUAAAAAGUUAAAACUACCCUACAAAAAGAUUAGACCAAUUAGAUAAGCUAAGACAACUGAAAGAAAAGAUUAGACCGUAGAAUGAAUAAGACUAGACCAAUAAGAAAAGUCAAGACCAUUGAACGAAAAAAUCACUUUGCAUGAACAGUAUUUAGAUAACUAUUAUGGAACACUAGAAGUGAUUAGUGAAGCAUAAAAAAAGUCAUUUUAAUUUGAACAUAACAUUGAAUGACACUGUGAAAUAAAACAUAUCUGUGUGAAGCUCCACUUCCUAGUCACGCCCUUACAAUUUUCUUUCUGCUUGAACAGAGCUGCUGUUCUUAAGCCCCCGAAUCCUUGUAGAGGGCCCUGAAGUUUAGGAGAGCCCAUUCAAAAAGAGCGUUUUGAUUUUUCCAAACGGUCGAAUAGAGGUAAUAGAAAUUAAUUGUGUAUCCCGAAUAAUGAAAAGAAAUUAAGCUGUAUUUUCUCUCUCUCUCUCUCUCUCUCUCUCUCUGUGUGUGUUAGCUGGGAUAUCUCUAUUAUAAAUAAAUGUUUUAUAGCAUCAACUAUUAUUCCAUGAUAUAUUAUGUGUUAAAGCUUUCUGUCCAGCACAAAGAGGGGUGGGGGAGGGGAGGAUAAAGUGUAGAGUGAGAUAAUCAGAGCAGAAAUCUGAAUUCUAACACACAACGUAGUCAGUAGUGAAAUGCUAUUAAUUAGAUACAUUUAGACUAUAUUUGAACUCUUUGUGUUAUCAUAGUGUUAUGAUCGCUAUGAAUACGGACAAUAUAUAUAUAUAUUAAGAACUGAAGUGGGCCGAGAUAUCAAUCACUAAAUAUUACUAAUUGACAGAAACUCUUUCUAAUUGAUUGUCUUGUCUCCUAAAAUAUUAUUGGUUCCCAAUUGACAAAGGCGUAGAUUUGUGUGUGUUUUGGUGACGGAGAGAGAGAGAGAGAGAGAGAGAGAGAGAGAGAGAGAGAGAGAGAGAUUCGUAUAAAAAUAAUUUUGUGUGUAUGUAUAGUUUCAAACAUUUCUUUAAAAGGCUUUAAUAAUUUUGAGUGAUUAUUGUAGGGUUUCACAUUAAAGACUGUCUUGUCUAUUGAAAAAUAAUUGGUGCUCAAUUUUACAUAGGCGUGGCCCAAAUGGUGUGUGUGUGUGUGUGUUGGUGACAAAGACACACACACAGAGAAAA